AUGGCGGCCCAACGCGAAUACGACAUCCUCCUCCUGGGCGCGACCGGCUACACAGGCAAGCUGACUGCCGAGUACAUCACCACCAGCCUUCCGACCAACAUCAAAUGGGCCGUUGCUGGACGGAAUCAAUCGAAAUUACAGUCGCUGGUCAAUGACCUGAAGACUCUCAACUCGACCCGCACCAGCCCCGAUAUCAUCACCGUGGCUAACCUCACUGCGUCCGAGUUGGGUCCCGUGGUCAAAAAGACGAAAGUGUUGCUCAAUACGGUUGGGCCCUACCAUCUCUAUUCAACUCCCGUGGUGGAAGCUUGCGCUCAGGCGGGAACCCACUAUCUCGAUGUCACUGGCGAGACUCCCUGGGUGAGGGAGAUCAUUGUCAAGUAUGAGAAGACGGCGAAGCAAAGCGGCGCCAUCCUCAUCCCUUCAGUCGGUGUCGAGUCCGCCCCCUCCGAUCUAAUUGCCUAUGUCGCCACACGCCUGGUCCGUAAGGUGUGGGAUUGCGGCGUCAUGGACGUGAUUGCUACGGUGCAUGAGCUCAAGUCUUCUGGCCCCAGCGGAGGCACCCUUGCCACGGGGCUCGGUCUCUUGGAUCACUAUCCCCUGAGUGAGGUCAAGAAAUGCAACGAUCCGUUUAUUCUCUCGCCAUCCCAACUUCAACCCUACACCAAGGAGACUAUCUAUCCUCGCAAUCCCGAACCAACCACAUAUCGCCGGACGGUCCUUCAAAAGCUCACCGGUGUCUGGUCAUAUCCUCGCCUGGGAAAUAUGACCACCUCGAUUACUGCCCAACCCAAUCAAGCCACCGUCCACCGCUCAGCAGGCCUGACCCCCUACUUUUACGGAUUCAAUUUCACCUACGAGGAGUACAUGGCCGUCAGCAGCCCUGUAGUUGGCUUCUUGAUUCACGUGGCGGUCAGCAUUUUGACAUUGUUGCUUGUUUUCCCACCAACCCGCGCCAUUCUGAAACUGCUCGCCACAUACAAGCCUGGCGCCGGUCCAACCAAGGAAUCGACAAAAAGCGACGCGUUCGAAUUGCGGGCGGUGGCCGUCGCAGAACAACUUGCCAAAACUCAGCGUAAGGCACUCGCAACUUUCCGCUUCGAAGGCGGCCUCUACCACUUGACCGCCAUUCUCCUGAGCGAGGCCGCGAUGGUCUUGUUGACCGAGGAAGAGCAUGUCAAGAAUGCCCAUGGAGUCGGAUUUCUGACCCCCUCCUGCCUCGGCGACGUUUAUGUCGAGAGACUCGAGAAAGCCAACGUGAAUAUUGGAGUGCAGCAAAUUGGGGAUGUGGGCAGCAAGUAG